GAGUUUGUCUCUCUGAUUAUGGUUGUUGUUAGUCUUUUUUUUCCCCCCCCCACCGUUUGUUUGUAUGUCUUUCUCCUGUGGGUACAGCUGCAAGUAGCAGUGGGAGGUCACUGUAAGAACUUAGCCGGCGCUUGUCUGUAUUCAUGCAGUUGUGGAAAUGCUUAAAUAUCGUUAGUCACUCUUAGAGCGUGCGGGGUAUGCGUUACCUGACUGAUGCUGACAGAUCACUCAGAUUCUCACUUUCAAUUGCAGUAAUGUUUCUCUAAGAAUGAGAGGCUCCUGGAAGUCAAUUUCUGAGAAGUGCAAAACACUGUUGAACUUGGAAAGACUGAAAGACUCCCCCUGCCCCUCUUUUUGUUGCUGCCCAAUGACUGCCAGUGUUGGUGAAAUGUAAAUCAGAGCCUUUCUACUCUCAUUUAGUAAAAUUAUUCUUUCUCAGCUUUUGGAAUGUUUAAAAUAGAUUGAAGAGUCGUGUCUUCUCUGGCUAGUAUGCACAGGGCUUGUCAUCUUUGCUGGUUUAUCUCGGGUUACUUUAUGGGCUCUCCUCCUGAUUGUGUCAUUGUUCUAGAUGCAGACUUUCUGGCCCAUCUUAAGGGAAAAGAUAAUAUUUUACUGCUUGCACAGCUAGUUACUUGGUUUCGUGUGCGUGCAGACCACACACCCAAGAAAUCCCAGUUGCCUGCCUAGCAUGAGCCUGUUCCCCAGCUACUGCUGAGGAGGACCUGAUAGGGAUGCAGUGUAUUGGCCCGUUUUUCUUAGCCUGGAGAACCUUGGGUGCGUGAGGUCAGACACCUGCAAGCACAAAGGUGGACAGAGAGAAGUUGUGAAUGCACUUGAGUGAUUGUUAGCCCUUAAGUGCUUGUUAUCAGAGUGAUUACUGUAGUGAAGAUGUAUCUUAGUAGCUCGUAGUGCUUUAACUGCUCAAGUUGUAUUGCUGUGGUUACGCUGCUACAGCCACCCGUGUGAGGGUAGUAUAUGGGCAUAAAGAUCCUUUAUCCUUGCCUUCCUGAUAGUUUGUGAAAUAAUGAUACUACUGUCAGUCGUGCUGGUACUGAUGCAACUGUAUUCAGCAGUCGUAGGUGGUUUAAAAAGUACUAUUAAUGCAAAUCUUUAAUCACAUGGAAAUUUUCCUGUUUAACUUAGAAAUGGGAACAGAAAAGACUCAAGUGUGUUACAUGCGGUAUAGUUGAAAAAUAUGAUUACAGUAGCGAUGCAAGGAGAGUGUGUCAGACAGUAAGCUUGCAAUUGUCUUACUUGUGUUCAAUAAAUGCUCUUUAAUAUCAAUUGACUUCUUACUCUCAUUUUUUAACUAUGCCUGUUUUGUCUCCUGUGAUGGAAAAUAUUUUAGCUUUUACUUCUGAACCUGCUUUUUACUUCAAACUAAUGUUGCCUUGCUCUUUUUCUGCUUCCCACUUGUCAGGAUUUGGUGGGCUUGAAACUGCAAACUCCACUGCCAGUGGGUUUAAUUUUGGGGGUUUCGGAUUAACUGCUAAUCCUGCAGUGAAUUUUAAUAUUGGGAAUUUCGGUGUUUCCACUACCUCAACUCCACCAUUCCAUUUUGGUAACAGUCUGGCAAGUGCAGGUGCGUUUGGAGGAUUUGGGACAACUACCACCACUGCGGGGUCAGCGUUUAGUUUUUCUGCUCCCACCAAUACAGGCACCAGUGGACUCUUUGGUGCUUCCCAGAACAAAGGCUUUGGGUUUGGUACUAGUUUUGGCACAGGAACUGGAACUGGCUUGGGUACUGGGUUGGGAACCGGGUUAGGCUUUGGAGGCUUCGGUACGCAGCAGCAGCAAACUACACUGGGGAGCAGCUUGUUCAGCCAGCCGGCGCAAACACCUGCCCAGUCUAACCAGCUCAUCAACACAGCCAGCGCCCUCUCGGCUCCAACGCUUUUGGGGGAUGAGAGAGAUGCUCUUUUGGCAAAAUGGAACCAGCUGCAGGCCUUCUGGGGAACAGGCAAAGGAUACUUCAACAACAACAUUGCUCCAGUGGAGUUCACGCAGGAAAACCCAUUUUGCAGAUUUAAGGCUGUGGGUUACAGUUUAAUGCCGAACAACAAGGAUGAAGAUGGCCUCGUGGUUUUGGUCUUUAAUAGAAAAGAAAUAGACAUUCGAAGCCAGCAGCAGCAGCUAGUGGAAUCGCUACACAAAAUUCUGGGAGGAAACCAGACCCUCACUGUCAACGUAGAAGGUGUUAGAACAAUGCCAGAUGACCAGACUGAAGUCAUCAUUUAUGUUGUCGAGCGCUCGCCCAAUGGCACUUCUAGGAGAGUUCCAGCAACGACCCUCUACGCACACUUUGAGCAAGCCAACAUAAAGACGUCCCUGCAGCAGCUGGGGGUCACCCUGUCCAUGGCCAGAACAGAGCUUUCCCCGGCACAAGUCAAACAGCUCCUGCAGAACCCUCCUGCUGGUGUUGAUCCUAUUAUCUGGGAACAAGCCAAAGUUGAUAAUCCUGAUCCUGACAAGCUUAUUCCUGUGCCAAUGGUGGGUUUCAAGGAACUGCUGAGAAGACUGAAGGUCCAAGAUCAGAUGACCAAACAGCAUCAAACCCGAUUAGAUAUAAUAUCAGAAGAUAUCAGCGAGCUGCAAAAAAACCAGACAACAACGAUGGCAAAAAUUGCACAGUACAAAAGGAAACUGAUGAAGCUUUCUCAUAGGACUCUACAGGUCUUAAUAAAGCAGGAAAUCCAAAGGAAAAGUGGCUAUGCCAUUCAAGCAGACGAAGAACAGCUUCGUGUACAGUUAGAUACAAUUCAAUGUGAACUAAAUGCACCUACGCAGUUCAAGGGCAGACUGAAUGAGCUCAUGUCCCAAAUCAGGAUGCAGAACCACUUUGGUGCAGUGAGGGCUGAAGAGCGCUAUUACGUAGAUGCAGAUCUCUUAAGGGAAAUCAAGCAACAUCUGAAGCAGCAGCAAGAAGGCCUGAGUCACUUGAUAAGCAUUAUAAAGGAUGACUUGGAGGACAUAAAGCUAAUAGAACAUGGGCUGAAUGAGAGCAUCCCCAUCAGAGGAGGUGUCUUCAGUUGACAUGUCAGAUGGCUGCAGGGGUUACACAGAAUGUGUUACUCCACUUAUUGGUUCACCUUCCAAGGCUGAAAUCAGUGAGGUAAAAUAAAAUGUUUAUCUUCUAGAAGCAAUGGUGUAUUGGCUGUUAUCUUUAGAAUUAGCAAAGCCUCUUCUAAGCUUUUGAACUUGACCUUUGGAAGGUUUAUAUUUUAUAAAGCUGUAUAUGCUUUAAUAAAAGAAGGAAAACUGAAUCUGUUCAGAUACUGUUUUACUAUAAAACUAUAUGUACUAUUGUACAUUUAUUUCUAUUUUUUUUUCACAACAGCAUUGUCUUAAAAAAAAAAAAGCAGUGCUGAGGGAGUGGUUCCAGUUGUAAUUUGUUUUGGGGAACGCUUAACCUGCUUCCUUUUUUGUCAAAAGAAUUAAUGAACAACAUUGUGUAAACAGCUAAGUCAAGUCAUUAGUCAUGUAUGUUACUUUACCAUAGUUUUCACAGUACCAUUAUUUGGUUGGGGGGGGGGGGGGUUAAUUUGCAGAAAGUUGACAUUAUCAUUGUCUGCCCUUCCUUGGGACUGCAAGGAGUUGCAGGAUAUGUUGUUAUCAAUCACUUUACAUAUGUGAAUUAUACAAAGCUUUCCUACCCCUCAACCAACAACAAAAUGUCUAGAUGUCUUCUGCCUUUUUUUAAUUUCUGGAGACUAAUAAAUUCAGUCUCACUUUGUCAUAAGUUGUGCAUGGUCUUGGCUCUUUUUCAGCUCAGUCAGUAUAGAAGUGAAACUGGUGGCAGGUACAGGUUAAUGUACUUCGCUCUCCUCCAUGCACUGCAGGUAACAGGCCACCAAACGUGAUACCCCCCGCGCUACUGGGCAGCUGAAGUCCCCAAACAGUCAUUUCCCUUAGGUCCUACCUGCUACCCAGGCCUGCAGAGCAGAUGGUUACUGCAGGCACAAGAGAGAGGACUUCUAGCCCAAGUAACCUUUUUUUUUUUUUUCCCCCUCAUUACAAAAGUCACUGAAAAGCACUGAAACAAAAAUACGCUAUUUUUCGAACAUGAGUUUGUACAGCAUCCAGCAAUGACAAUUAGGUCUCCACGCACAGUGUGCUUCCCUCCCUGCAGUGUUUGAGUUCUAUCUGCUUUGCAGUAGCAGGGGAAAUGUUUUGUUCAUUAGCCUCAAUGAAAAUAAAGACUUUCAUUCAUAAAACAUACGUACGCGAGCGAACAAGAGAAAUAUACCUUCGGAGGAUGUUGUAAAGGAGCUCCCUGCCAGUGGUUGUAAUGCAUGUUCGAGAUAGUUUAUUUUUGGAAACAUGGUUCUACUGCAACUGAGAAAGGUAUAAGUGGAACUUCAACUGGGGCUGGGGGAAGGGGUUGUUUUAGUCCCUGCAAACCUUUCCAAAAAUAAACUAUCUCGAACAUGCAUUACAACCACUGGCGGGGAGUUCUUUUACAAUAUCCUUUUAGGAUGUAUUUCCCUUUUUCAAGAGCCCAGUUAGUCUCUUAAGUCAAGACAACGUAGUCACUCCAGCAGGGACCUAUGUUGCAUGGUCGAGAUAGAAGUGUUUCCAAUGAAUAAAUAACCUAAAAUAAACAUCACUCUUUUUCAUCUGCAAUUGCACCAUGCUUCCAAAAAUAACCUAUCUGUCUUGAACAUGCAACACAGUCACUCUAACAAUUAAGGUGCUAAGCUGGCUCUUCAAAAGGGGAAAUAUAGCCUCACAGGAUUUUAUGAGAGCCCUCUGCUAGAGGCUGUUUUGCACGUUCGAGAUAGUUUAUUUUUGGAAGUGUUGCUCCACUGCACAUAUUUAAUAGCUUCAAAUGUACAAAACAGCCUUAUUGGAGCAAAACAACAACAGUGCGUUGCAGAUAUUAUCAGUAAAAUACCACUGCUGCUAACAACGUUGAAAAAGUAGAAAGGGUAUGAGCAGCCCAGAAGAGGCAAUCUAGAAAAAAAUUGCUUAUUAAGGAGAAGGCUGUACUCAAAUAAUGUCCAACUGGUUAAAACAAUGCCGACAAUAAAUAGUCGUCUUCCUAUUUUACUAAAAUUGAAUAGAUCUGUAAAAUACCAUCACCUGCAUUGACAAGAGAGACCAAAUUGCAUCUUCCUCAGAGGGGAGAUAGGCAUCUACUCAAAAAACGGUUCCUUUUUAAAAAUUGGUAAAAGCGAAGUGCAGCUUACCUAUUUUACCAGUUAGUUACCAUCUCAAAAUAGAACACUUCUGUUUAGUGGGGUAAUCACUGCU